AGCCAUUUCGUCUUUCAUCAUUACGAGGAAACUAAAUUUGCAAAUGGCAGGUAGUACCGGUGGAGAUUUGUCCGUCUUACCUGAAGGCUGCGUAGCAAACGUCCUGUCGUUUACGGGUCCUCUGGAUGUUGGUAGGUUGUCUAUCGUCUCUUCCACAUUCAAGUCAGCCGCCGAAUCUGACGCUGUUUGGGAGCAGUUCCUUCCUCCAGAGUAUCACUCUAUCAUCUCCGAAUCCUCUGAUUCUUCUCUCUUGGCCUGUUCUUCCUCCAAGAAAGAGCUCUAUCUUCAUCUCUGCGACAAUCCUGUCCUCAUUGAAGACGGCAAGAAGAGCUUUUCACUGGACAAAGUGAGUGGGAAGAAAUGUUACAUGCUUUCAGCGAGGGACCUCAUCAUCGUGUGGGGCGAUAAUCCAACAUACUGGAGAUGGACUUCUGAACAUAACUCCAGAUUUCCAGAAGUGGCUGAACUUAUCGGCGUGUGCUGGCUUGAAAUCAGAGGUAAAAUUAAUACUUGUCUGUUAUCACAAGACACGCUCUAUGGAGCUUACCUUGUGUACAAGACAACACCAGCAGCCUAUGUAUUUGAAGACCAGCCAGUAGAUGUAACUCUGGGACUCGCCGGCACUGAAGGCUGUAAGCGAAGCGUUUAUAUUUUGGAUACAAAAAGAGAGCAGGAGCAGGACUACCAGCAGCAGCGGCAGCAACGCCAAAUUGCGAUUAGUGAAGUUGGGGUGUUUGGCUUUAGCGCAAUGGGGUGGCGAGCACCUGAACCAACUAGAGAGAAGAACAAGGGUGAAUAUCCAAAGGAAAGAGAAGAUGGGUGGGUGGAGAUAGAACUUGGGGAAUUCUUUAACAACAAAGGUGAAGAAGGGGAAUUGGAAAUGAGCAUUUCGGAAGUUAAUGGAGGUGAUUGGAAAGGCGGACUUAUCAUUCUGGGGAUUGAGAUUAGGCCCAAAAGAGGAUGAGUAUCAAAACAAACGAUAAGCAAAGCAAUGGUCGACUCGAUUUAUUUUUAUCUAAUAUAAAGUAUUGUAUAAUUUGCGCCAAUCGUGAGCAGUGAUAUUGUAUGUCGUGUUAAUUAAUUGGUACUGUAUCUUUGCUAUGCUAACAACUUGUUCAGCAAAAAGCAGCUUGUGAUGAUUUAAUAUUGAUCCAACCCCCCCUUGAUUA